AAACUAUGUAUGGCUCCCUAUUAUCUUGCUCCAUAACAACGCCACCCUUUCUCUUCCUUCUUCCAUCUCCCAUCUCUUACCAUUUCUUCCAUUCUUCAUAUUAUUAUUCCAAAACAAUAUCCUAAAAUUUUCAACAACAAAAAAACCUAAAUUUCACCUAGGAAACCCUUUUACAAAUUCCUCUCAGGUAUUUAUUUUGCUUGAACCUUUAAGCUUGUAAUAUCCCCACUUGACAAAAUUUUGGUACUUGGGAUUGGGAAUUUAAAUUAUUCCUUAAAGAAUUUUCAAACCCUCUUCAUAAAAUUCAAAUCUUUGAAGACCCUUAAUUUGUUUUUUCCAUAUUCAGUCACUUUCUUCGUAGAAUUAAAGGGUUUUCAAGAAUUCAACAAAAAUGGAAACUUUGAAUCGUUUUCACUGUCGAAAACGUUCCAGGUUUCGCGGAAUAUUCAAUGGGCUUUGUUUAUCUGUCUUGGUUGUUUUCUUUUUCCUUAAAGAACAUGUUCUUCAAAGUCCACUUUCUAUAAAUAGCUUCAAAAUAAGUGCUGUUAGAAGGGAAAUAUCUGAAACAAGUUGGAAUUCAUCGAGUUAUUAUACUCAUGAUGUUGGGGUUGCAAGUAGAAACCUUAAAUUUUGUGGGGGGUUGUAUAAACAUAAGGGUUAUAGUACAAAAUGUGAGUACUUGAAGGAUAAUCGUCAAUGUAAUUCAGGUGGUUUCUUUAAUUAUCUUUUGUUUUUUUACUGUGAGUGUGAAGGUUUUAGUGUUUUGGGGUAUGUAGCUCUUGCUAUUUGGUUGGUUUCUUUGUUUUAUCUAUUGGGGAAUACUGCUGCUGAUUACUUCUGUUGUUGUCUUGAAAAGUUAUCCAAUUUGUUGAAAUUGCCACCAACUGUAGCUGGUGUUACUUUGCUUCCUUUAGGGAAUGGGGCACCUGAUGUGUUUGCUAGUAUUGCUGCUUUUAUGGGUAGUGAUUCUGGUGAGGUUGGUUUGAAUAGUGUUCUUGGUGGUGCUGUUUUUGUUACUUGUGUUGUUGUUGGUACCGUGUCGUUGUGUGUUGCUGAGCAAUGUAUUCAGAUUGAUAAGAAGUGUUUUAUCAGGGAUGUUUGUUUCUUUAUUGUAGCUCUCGUUGCGCUUCUUGCGCUUUUGAUUGUAGAUAAGGUGACUGUUCUUGGUGCAGUAGUGUUUAUCGCUAUUUAUUUGGUGUAUGCUGUUUUUGUUGCUGCAAAUGAGAUGUUGAGGAAUCGCGGUAGUAGUUUGAAGUUGGAUUUAAUUACACCAUUGUUACCAGUAUCUAGUGUAGAUGGAGAGCACGAUUCUUUUGGUGCAUCGGAAUCUGUAGAUGGAUUGCCGCAGCUACAAGCUCAGCUGCCACAUUGGAUGUGGUCUUCAAAUGUGGCAAUUUUCUCUGAUGAAGUUGUGAAGGAAAUUCCAGUAGAAAGUCCAAUGGCUUUAUGGGGUUGGAAUGAGCAGGAUGAUGUUAAUGACCGAUCGUCUUCCUUUUCGUGUUCCAAGUUGUUUGCGCUGCUAGAAAUACCAUUGACACUCCCAAGAAGGUUAACGAUCCCCAUUAUUGAUGAGGACAGAUGGUCGAAACUGUAUGCUGUUUCAAGUGCUUCUUUGGCGCCCCUGCUUUUAGCGUUCCUUUGGAACACUCAGGACGAUUUGAGUAGCCCUGCUAGCACUGCAUAUGUUGUUGGUGCUGUAGUUGGUGGUAUACUUGGAGGUGUUGCAUUUGUCUAUACGACAUCGGAUCAUCCACCUCAAAGAUUCUUGUUUCCAUGGCUUUUCGGAGGCUUCUUUAUGAGUAUCAUUUGGUUUUACAUAGUGGCAAACGAACUAGUUGCUCUGCUAGUGGCAUUUGGUGUUAUCUUUGGUGUCAAUCCAUCGAUUCUAGCAUUAACCGUAUUGGCAUGGGGCAACUCCAUGGGUGACUUAAUGUCAAAUGUUGCAAUAGCUGUGAAUAGUGCAGAUGGUGUGCAGAUCGCCAUGUCAGGAUGUUAUGCGGGGCCUAUGUUCAACACGCUCGUUGGUUUAGGCAUUUCCAUGCUUCUUGGAGCUUUGUCUAAAAGGCCAGAAUCAUAUAUGCUUCCAAAAGAUGAUAGCUUGUAUUACACAAUGGGAUUUCUAAUGUUGGCACUGGUUUGGGCGCUCAUUGUGCUACCUCGAAAUGAUAUGCGCCCUAGCAAGUCGUUGGGAUUGGGACUUAUGACAAUUUAUGUAGUUUUUCUAUCAAGCAGGGCUAUGCUAGCUAUAGGAGAUGGUUCACUUAAUGGUAUAAGCUAAUUUUAAGUAGAGAAGUUCCAUUAUAACUCAUCCUUUUUUUGGGCAGAGCUAUGGGAAAUAUUAUGUAUAAGUUAUGUGUGAGAUGUUGCAAAUGUAGAAAUUGUGUUUGUGUACUAUUGCAACACAAAUUUGAAA